AUGAGCAAAGCUCACCCUUCUGAGUUGAAAAAAUUUAUGGACAAGAAAUUAUCAUUGAAAAUAAAUGGUGGCAGACAUGUCCAAGGAAUAUUGUGGGGGUUUGAUCCAUUUAUGAAUCUUGUGAUAGAUGAAUGUGUGCAGAUAGCAACUUGUGAGCAACAGAACAAUAUUGGAAUGGUGGUAAUAUGAGGAGAUAGUAUCAUGUUAUAAGCCUUGGAACCACUAUAAAUAAUGGGUGUGUUCAUCAGA